AUGGAUGAGCAGGUGGAUAGACUGGUCAAGAAGGUAUGGGACAAAACUCAGGAUCUGCCGCAGAGUAAGAGAUACUUGGUGGCUGUCUCUGGCAUUCCGGGCUCAGGAAAGACCACUCUCGCGGCGAAAGUCGCAGAUGGCUUGAACGAGCUAUGGCGUUCGAAAUCUCUAGCACGAGCGUCUGAAGCAUCCGUUGCGACCUUCUUACCCAUGGAUGGCUACCACCUCACACGCGCCCAGCUCGACGCCAUGCCCGACGCUCGAAGCGCCCACGCCCGAAGAGGAGCAGCAUUCACAUUCGAUGCGCCAGCGUUCCUCUCACUAGUCAAGAAGCUCAGAGAGCCGAUAUGUCCGGAGACAGGCACAAUCUACGCGCCCAGCUUCGACCACGCGAAGAAAGACCCCGUAGAAAACGAUCUAUCUAUUCGCAAGUCUGCGCGGAUAAUAGUCAUGGAGGGAAACUAUCUCUCGCUCGGCACAGGUGCAACAGAGUGGAAAGAGGCGGCGGAAAUGAUGGACGAGCUGUGGUUUGUGGAUGUGCCUGAAGAGACGGCGCGCAAGAGACUGAUAGCACGGCACGUCGCGAGCGGGAUUGCAACGGACGAGCAAGAUGCUGCGAAGAGGGCGGAUGAGAAUGAUCUCGUCAAUGGGAGAGAGAUUAUUGAUGGCAGGCUGGAGGUGCAUGAGAUGAUAUAUUCAAAGGAGGAUCAUAAAUGGACUCCUGAACAGCAGGGGAUUGACAAAGAGAGGGACGAGGCGAAGGACGAGAGGAGACGGAGCAGUAUGCAUGGUGUGAUAUAG